AUGGGUAUUCCCAGUCUCUUCCACAAGACAUCCUUUUUGGCGUCUUUGGAAGACGGGUCUCUUCCAAAGAUUCUCUUCUUUGCUGUUAUCGGGCUUUCCGCUCGGUUUUCCACCCAUCCCAGUCUUGCAGCUAUCCAUCCUUGGGACCGUGGCCGUCCGUAUGUACGGGAGGCAGAGAAGCUACUUGAUCUCCACGAGGUUUCUUUGGUGACAAUCCAAGCUUGCAUACUUUUGGCAGCCAAUGUUAUGGCUGACGGCGAAGCCAUGACGGAGUGCAUCUAUUAUGGUAUUGCAUGCCGGAUUGCGUUACUGCUGGAUCUUCCUAAUCGCCCUGCUAAGACGCAAGUGGAGCAGGAGCUCAAUCGCCGAGUUUGGUGGUCCUUGAUAACGACCGACACCUGGAAUAGCACCUCCCUGUCUCUACCCAGGGCCAUCCCAGCUACCAAACAUGCUGCUUUGCCAAUGUGCGAGAUCGAAUUUAUGACUCUUGACCCCAAUCAGCUCGCCCAGAACGCCGAAUCGGAAGCCUCGCAAGACUUGUCUGUAGGCAGGACUCCACGCCCAAUACUGGCUCAAUUUAUAGGAUUGAACAUGAUUCUCUACGAGAUUCAUGCUCUUAACACUAGUAUUGCCACAGAUGAUAUGGGCCAAGGCCUACUUGAGUUAAAUAUUAGACGACUUGCUGGUAAGUUGGAUGCGUGGCUAGCCAACCUGCCACUUGAAAUGCAGUACAGCGAGGAAAAUGAGGCACAAUGGGUGAACUUCGGCCUCGGAUCAACAUUUAUCAACUUGCAUCUGAAUUAUAAUAACGCGGGGCAACUCCUAUUUUACAUAUCCUUGGGUUGGAACCAAGGCUUGCCCCAAGAUUCACUUUCUCAAGGGGCUUCAAUCGAGUUCCUAGACCGAUGCAAAUGUCAUGCAGCCAGCCUGUGCGAUCUUACCUGGCACGCUAUCCAAAAACCAGCGAUAAGCCAUUUUUCUUUGACAGUUGGCCAUUUAAUCGUCGUGUCGUCAACGAUACAGAUUCAAACGUUGCUUUCUAGCGAGCACCCAGAAGAGAUCUCAUUGGCCAAAAGUCGCCUGGAGCGGAAUUUCAUGAUUAUUACCACUCUGCACAAGUACUGGCCAGUUUUAUCUGCGACCAGCGGGAGACUGAGGGCCUUCCAUAACGCUUGCAUGAAAUAUCAUGAGGCUGCAUAUCGCCUAGAUCGUUGGAUGCUGCGAUUUAUCCUCGGAUUCCAGCAACCAAUCUCAGAGCGGCCCGAGAAUAGCUCCAGCAGCGGACGCGGAUUAGAGCCUCUGGAUCAUUUAUGGAUUUCUUAG